UAACCAAUCGCGUGGCAGACAAUCUGAAAUUGUCAGAACUGAUCUCAACAAUAACAAUAAUAAUAAUGGUAAUGAAACUGUUCACGACUCUGCUAAUCAUUAUUAUAAUUAUGCUGUCAUCUUGAACAACACAACUACGACUAGUACUGCUGCUUCAAAAUAAUCUGUGGAAUAUUUUUGUCCUUCUUCUCCUUAUUAUUAUUAUUGUUAUUAUUAAAUCACUGAACUAAAUUUCCCGCCAAAAAUCAAAAUUUAAGCAGUAAAACAAAUCAUUAUGGCUACACAUGAUACACUGCUAACUAAUGCAAACAAUAUCAAUAUUACUGAUCCACAUUCAAUGCUCAAUACUUCUUCAAUCAGUCAAACAAUUGAACAACAUCAAAUGAAUGAUAAAUUGAAUAAUGAAACUCUGAAUCUAAUUAUGAAUGGUACAUGUUCAGUAGCUGCUGCUGCAGCUGUAGCAGCAGCGGCAGCCGCGGCGGCGUCGACUGUUACAUCUUCAGAGUCAUCGGCGGCAUCAUCAUUAUCGUCAUCAUCAGUGGAUGAAUUUCGUCAGCAUAUGAAUCGUAUAUCGUUAAAUCAAUUCAUGACUACUACAGAUGCAUUUACAACAGACAGUAUGAUUCCAUUUAAUUAUAGUAACAAGAGGAAUAAUAGUAAUAAUAAUAAUAAUACGAGUAAUUCAUGGUUUAUGAAGUCAUUGGAUGAUGCAUAUGAUACUACUAAUAACAAUACUACUCACAACAAUACAAGUAGUAGUCUUCUGAAUGCCAAUCAAAUGGAUAUAUUAGACAAUGAAUCUGUACAUAAUAUUACUGAUAAUACUAUGCUAAGUAAUGCAUUUCUUUACUCAUCAUCAAAUCACUUUAUAAACAGUCAUAUGAACAGAUAUACGUCAGAUAGGACUACAGAUAUGGAAGGGAAUGAUCUCAACAACAGUAUUAAUAAUAAUAAUCAUAACAAUAGUAAUAAUAAUGACAGUCGUAAAAACUUUAUUUGUAACGUCGAUGAAACAGAAGCUGACGAAGGAGAAGACGAAGACGGCGACGAGGAGGGGGAGCAGGGGGAAGGAGUGAGGACGGCGGUUCCAAUGACUGUGGAAGAAUUUCAACAAGGCAGAGAAGAACAAGAAGAGGACAGGAGACAAAUGAUGAGUUUACAGACUAACAGGAAUGUAUGUUUAACACAGAAGAAGCGAAGAUAUUCAUCCAACGAUGAUGAUAAUGAUAAUAAUAAUGGAUCUAUAUCACCAAAGAUCGAUAAUCCACCACCACACCUUUCGGCAUCUUCAUUAUCUCAGCAACAUCAUUCUGUCUACAGUCAAUUCUCACGUCAUCACCAGCAUUCAAUGAUGAUGCUUCAUGCUGAAUCACAGAAUGAUGUAAAAAUUAAAGCAGAGGGAGAUUAUGCUGAUGACAAUGAUGAAGGUGACGGCGAUGAAGUCGAUGACCAUGAUGUCAACAGUUGGAAGAAUACCAGACUGCCAAAGCUGGAAAAUGAAAUACGUGAUCAAAAAAUCGAUUUUGAAAGUAUAGAUAAUACAAAAGAUAUGAUAGAUAGUUGUAAUAAUCAAAAAUUUGAGAAUACUAUUACUAGUACUACUAAUAAUAAUAAUACUACUAAUAAUAAUGGUAGUAGUAGUAAUAGUAAUCAUAACGCAAUGAUGUCAUUAUCUCAAUCAUGUCAGGAAAUCGCCUAUUUAAAUCAAGUUAGACAAAGAAAUGAAUAUAAUGAAAGGGAAGUUGGCAAUGCAGAAGGUUUUCAAGAAGACGGAGUCGCUGAGGAUGACGAUAAUGAUGAUGAUGAGGAUGCUGAUGAUGACGGGAAUGUUGAUGAGGUGGAGGGGGAAGAGGGAGAAGAGGAAGAAGAAGAAGAAGAGAUAGACGAAGGAGAAGAGGGUGAUGGGGAUGAUGAUGAUAUAGAGGAUCUCGGUGAAGAUAUUCGACAGCGACAAAGACAACAACAACACCAGCAGCAACAACAACGAGAAAUGCUAUUAGACAAUAAUAAUAACAACAUGAAACAUCCACAAUCGUCUCAUCCUCACCUUCAACAACAACAACAACAACAGCUUAUGGAAAGUGAUUGUUUAAAUCUACUCAAAUAUAAUGGAAGAAAUCAAAUGUUCAAUAUACAGAAUGAUGAUAUGAAUAUAGUUAACACUACUAAUAAUAAUAAUAAUAAUAAUCGAUUAUUAAUGUCACCAACACAUCAACAUCUUCAACAACAACAUCAUCAGCAUCAACACCCCCACCAUCCCCACACACAACAGCAGCAACCACCACCACCACACCACCAACAUCAACAACAACAACACCAUAACAGAUAUAAUAACAACAAUUUAAUGAUGUGUCAAUCAAACAAAAUUAUUGAUCAUAUGGAAAAUAUUAUUGAUUCUUCACGUGGACAUUCCAAAUUGUUAGAUUCAGUUGGUAUGAAUUAUGGAAUUAGAGGAAAAAUUUCUACAGAUUUGGAGUCAGCUGUAAAGUUAAAGUGUGGGCAACUCUUGCCAGUUAUUCAUUUGAAGAGGAAGUUAACAUGA